AUGCUCCGUCGAAAUGGGCGUUUCCGGAUUUCGUGGCUCUCUCAUGUCUGCUGCUGCCGCAGCUUUCACACUAUGCAGGAGGCACUGACCGAAGAGGAGCGUCACCGCUUGGAGCAGGAACUACCGCCGCGGGAACUCUUGACAAAUCUACGUUCAAAGGACUACUCUCCAACAGACGAUAGUGAAAAGGAUGUGAAUGUGCCCGGUGACUCCUUUGGCAUCAUGCGCAAUCGAGUGGCCUUCUACAAGCCGGUUGCGCGAGAUGUGUACGCUGGAGAACUCGGCGAAUUAUUCCAAGAGGGGUGUCACCCGCUGCGCUGCGUCAACGCGUCCACGUUGCGGCGCCUUUGUGGGCGGUACGGCGUAAGCCUAAAGGAGGCAGCUACGGCGAUGCUGGAGGCAGAGCUUGACAUUAACGUGGCGGUUAACAAUCUUGCAAUUCGCAAGGGUAUCAAGACAUCUUUCGGUAGUUUCGGUUUGGUGGGUUUCGAGGCGUACGCAUCGGAGACGUUCUGUAUGGUGAAAUUCAGUCUCCCAUCAUUCGAAGCCACGCGGAAUGAUGACGUGCUGGAUGCUAUCCAUGAGUUGACACUCUCAGCUGCGGAGAUUCCGCUUGACGUGCCACAGGGGGAGCUCGUGGAUAAGUUUGUCAACCACUGGACCAUCGAAGACGGCACGAAAUGCAGGGACGUGCUGGAUGCUUUCGACAUCGCUGUUCAAAGCAUUGUGAUGCUGCCGUACGGGGACUACAGCGCACAGGGCUUCCACGUGCUCCAUCCCGUGAAGGAGGAUACACCAAAUAUCGGGACGGGGGCAGCCGCAUGCUGCAUGGAUCUUCGCACAGGCAUACACAAUCGGUUCCGGUUUCACGUGGAGCGCGUUGCGGACUCAGUGAGCGAGCACGUUUUACGUGAGUUGGUGCAUUAUGGGCAGUCUGUCCAUAUUAUGCGGCAGGCAUAUUGGUUCAGACCGGAGUACAGUGUUGAGGAGUACAUCCGCUUCAAGGAGUCGCUGCUGCAGCCUAGUGCAUCUAUAUUUGAAAUGCGCUACGCGGUGCUAACGGCGGGCCCCUAUGGCCUUGAAGGCUACCGUAAUCUUGUCGAGGUGGAGAAGCUGAAGGUGGCGCAGCACAAGUAUGAGAAACAUUACGAAGACUUCACGUCGCCUGGCAAGUGGCUGACCAGUGAUAACGCUCAGUUGCAAACGGUGGCGGCGGGCGGUGGCCAGGCACCCGGUGCAAUCAUGCACAUGCACACGAACAGCCCGGGCACGGCAGAAACGGCGAUGGAGACAAGAGCGGGACCACUCCGCCGUGUGCUGGAAAAUUCCAUUCAAUCUCAGGGAGACCGCGUGUUCAGCCGCUUCUAUCGCAAUAACUACCACUAA